AUGGAUAGCACUCAGAGCUCUACGGACCCGUAUGCCCAUCUCCGUGGCGUCCCUGAGCGAGAUAUCAUCCUCCAGGCGGUCACCCAAGACGACCUUCCCGUACCCAAAGCUAUUGAGGAAAUCGUAAAAUUGACCACCGCAGCCGCAGCUCCUUCUUCAGCCCAAAAUGCCCUAUAUAUGCACGCCAUCCAUGUCUCGGUUACAAUCCACAACCUCGCGAUGCGUAUCCCGCACAAUCAACAAUCCAAGCUUAUUGAUUUUGUUGUCCGCCUUCAGCAGGUAGCUGUGCCUGAUCCAUCAACUGGGGGGAUUAUACAGCUCGAGAAUGAAGACUUCUGGUCGGAUAUGCCUCAGAUGUCUCUUACCCUAGCUGACUAUCAUUACACUGGAUCAAGUAAAGGCACCGCGGAGGAGCAGAGUCGAAAUUUUGAGAACUGUACCGCCUAUGUUGCCCAACUUUCCGAGAUUGGAUUUUCCUUCUACCGGGAGAGUACAGACUGGAAUUACUCCCAACUAACGCGAGUUCUCGGACCCGACCAACCCACGCGAUCAGAAAUACGUAUAGUUUGUUUCUGGUUCAUAUACGCCCCCAACAAGGUUUGGUUAGAUGUUCAGGCCAAAGAUAUCGAUAUGUUCGACAAUCAAAAUAAUGGAGAUGAUCAGAGGCUUCUCCCAGAGUUCUGGCCGAAAUGGAAGAACCUCUUACAGGCUUGCCAGCACAACACCACAGGACAGCAGUUGGAUGAAGAUACCCAAGAGCUUAUCCGGCAUGCUUUAGAAAAUAUAGGCCGAAUUGAAGCAGAAAGGGGGUCCUAG